AUGAGGAACAUUGUCAUUUUCUGUCUUGCCAUACAACCGCUAUGGGCUUGUUUCCGUACUGAUUAUCGUUCUUAUCAGUAUGGAGCUCCAACUCAACAGUUCGCUCAAGCUCCUCCUGCAGCUUCUCAACAGUUUGUUCAACCAGCUAGAGUAGCCGCAGCUGCCAGAGCUCCUAACCAACCUAUCAUUUCUCCUCCAUCAAAAAGUAUCUUCGCAUCCGGCUCUGGCUCUAUGCAUGAGUAUUCGGCAGAAGGGUAUAACGCUGAAGGAGGUGGACCAGUCAAUACUGGCAGUUCUUUGAGCUGUGAUUUCGAUGACAAGCCAUGUUGUUGGGCUAAUGUUCCCCAACCUGAUGAUCAAUUGGAUUGGACUGUUGCUAAAGGUCAAAUUGAUGCUGCGCGAUUCCCAUCUGCCCCAUAUACGAACACCAGCUACUUAUUGGUUCACGCUAAUGGUGCCGCCCCAUCUGAUGAAGCCCAACUCGCUUCAUGCUCCAUUGGUUGCGCAUCAUCUGAAAUCAUCGUUCGCGUGAAGCAUUGGCAAACAGAGAGUGUAUUGCUGCAAGUGUGCUUAAGAGAAUCAUUCCCCAAUGAUGUUCAAAACAAUGCUCUGUUGAGUUGCCAAGAGCUUCCACCAGUUAAUCAGUUAACAACUACUGAAAUCACUUUACCAGCAGCUUCUCUCGUUGAUGUCGUUUUCGUAGCAUCCAAUUUGGUAGAUGAAAAUGGAGAUAUUGCCAUUAUUGAUGAUGUUCAAGUCUUCUACAAGUAUGACGAAGACAAAUGCAGAAACUUGAACGUUGUUGACAGCCAACACGGUGCAUCCCACAAGCAAUCUUUCGAAGCCAGCAAACAUCAAACUAUUAAGAUCGAGCAGGGGCGCGAGAAACAAUUCAAAGCACAAACUUCGGAGAACGGUGAGAUCGAAGUACUUCAAAGUCUCAAAACACCAAGCCGUACUCAAAAUCAAACAGUUGCUCUUGGAACUCGUACCAAGACUUUCAAUGAGAACGCCUGUGUUCGUGUCAAGUGCGAUUUCGAAUCAGGAUCCCUUUGCAACUAUAAGGAUGCCCAACAUACCCAAAACUCAAAAGUACUUACAUCUAGAUUCCAAGUAGCCAGAGGACACUUCAUGAACAGAGUAACAGGAGUGAAAGAAAGCAGCGAAGGCGAUUUCUACGCUGCCAGUUUCUUGUUCCCUCGUGAAGUAGCUGGAUUGGCCACAACAAUCGAACCACUUAAGGAGAACACUCGAAUCCGUUUCAGAUAUUAUGAAGGAACUCAUGGAGUUCAAUUGAAAGCUUGUUGUGGAACUCAUGAUUCUUGUCCAUUCAGCUCGGAUAAGUUUGUUUCAGUCUUAGAUCGUGUGUGGAAGACUACAAGUUUCAAAUGCCCAGUAGGAACUGAUAAGAUUUUGUUCUUAUGCGAGAAUGUUCGUACUAACCAAGGAGCAUGUGCCGUUGAUGAUAUAGCUAUAAUUGAAGAAGGAAGCUCACUUGAAACAGCCAACCCAUUAUGUUGA